UCCUUGCAGUUGCAGAAGUCAGAUAGCAGCACAAGAGGUGUCAGGGCAUCAGAGGCCUGGCUGCGGUGAUCCUAAGGACACAGAGAAUAACACUGAAGCUGUAAAUAAUAGCACUACAAAUGGUGCUAACAUGCAUGAUAAGGUUAUGAAUAUACCCAACAGUGAAACCGCCCAUCAAGAUACCAUCCAGACUCCACAGAGAAGUGACGCAGAAGGUAGCAGUGGCCAUGAGGACACCAGUGAAAAUGAGAGCAACAGUGUGUACAGCUUCAGUGAUGAACUGAUGCAAGGGGAUGAACCCAACCAAAGCCAAGAUUCUGAAGGCUCAGAAAACAGCAGCCAGCAAGAUCUCCCCAAUCAGGCUAGUGAUGGGGAAAGCACAUCUUUAGGAGAGGAAGAGGACCAAAACAGUAAUGCCGGCAGUGAGCAAUCAGACAGCAAAGGUCAAGACAAUGAAAGCCAACAGGAAAGCAAUGAAAGUAGCAGGCACCCAGGCGGUGAUGACAGUGACAAUAGUGGCCCAUCUGUCAGCAGCGAAAGUGAGAGUCAACCAGAUAGCAGCCAGAGCCAGUCUGAGAGCAACAGUGAGAAUGACAGUGAGAAUGAGAGCAUCAGCGAAAGCGACAGUAAAACUGAAAGCAGCAUUGACAGCGGCAGUGAAUCCAAGAGCAGCAGUGAGAGCGACAGUGAAUCCGAAAGCAGCAGUGAAAGUGACAGUGAAUCCAAGAGCAGCAGUGAGAGCGACAGUGAAUCCAAGAGCAGCAGUGAGAGCGACAGUGAAUCCAAAAGCAGCAGUGAGAGAGAUAGUGAAUCCAAAAGUACCAGUGAGAGUGAGUGAAUCCAAGAGCAGCAGUGAGAGCGACAGUGAAUCCGAAAGCAGCAGUGAAAGUGACAGUGAAUCCAAGAGCAGCAGUGAGAGCGACAGUGAAUCCAAGAGCAGCAGUGAGAGCGACAGUUAAUCCAAAAGCAGCAGUGAGAGAGAUAGUGAAUCCAAAAGUACCAGUGAGAGUGAGUGAAUCCAAGAGCAGCAGUGAGAGCGACAGUGAAUCCGAAAGCAGCAGUGAAAGUGACAGUGAAUCCAAGAGCAGCAGUGAGAGCGACAGUGAAUCCAAGAGCAGCAGUGAGAGAGAUAGUGAAUCCAAAAGUACCAGUGAGAGUGAGUGAAUCCAAGAGCAGCAGUGAGAGCGACAGUGAAUCCAAGAGCAGCAGUGAGAGCGACAGUGAAUCCAAGAGCAGCAGUGAGAGCGACAGUUAAUCCAAAAGCAGCAGUGAGAGAGAUAGUGAAUCCAAAAGUACCAGUGAGAGUGAGUGAAUCCAAGAGCAGCAGUGAGAGCGACAGUGAAUCCGAAAGCAGCAGUGAAAGUGACAGUGAAUCCAAGAGCAGCAGUGAGAGCGACAGUGAAUCCAAAAGCAGCAGUGAGAGAGAUAGUGAAUCCAAAAGUACCAGUGAGAGUGAGUGAAUCCAAGAGCAGCAGUGAGAGCGACAGUGAAUCCAAGAGCAGCAGUGAAAUUUUGAGUAGUUCGGAGGACCAGCAAAUACCACCUCUGACUAGCCCUACCCCCAUCGAUUCUCUG